GGCGCUUUCGUUUUGCGAAAAAGCUGCGUACAUUUAUGUGUUUCACCUUCCUCCCCCUUUUUUUGCAUUUAAUUGUUGUUUAUAAUUUUGCGCGUCAUCUGUGUACCAUUAUUUUAUACUGCCAUCUCGCGAGCCAUCCCGCGUGCCAUCUGCUUGCAUCCUGUUUACCAUUUUGCUCCUCCCCUUUGGGUGUUUUUUUUUUUUUUUUUUACACGAGCGAGUGUACCACCUGAGAGAGGCCCCCCAACACGAAUAUGCACGUUUGCCACAUUUUCAAGCGAGAAAUUUAUGUGACCCUUUUGUCGCGCUUCCACAUAUGGUCCUCCACCCAAAGCCACUUUUCACUUCUCCAUUAGUCAUUCAUUUCGUUUGUCGAGUGUAUAUGUUUGUUACUCCUCCGCCGUAGCAUCGUUUGGCCGUUCUUUCACAGAAAGUUGACUUUGAAUUUUUAAUGCGUCCGUUACAACGCGGGUGUAUUUUGGGUUUUUGAUGCUCCCCCGCUCUGUGUGCCCGUGUUUGUUCCGCGUCCAUCAACGGUUUGAAGUGUGUUCAUGUGGGGAAGCAGCCCUCAGUAAGAAGCUUACCGUGAGAAGCCCAUAGGAAGAAGUCUAUAGGAAGAAACCCACCCUUCGGCCGCCUUUUUGACCCAAUUGACAAACCAAAGAGGAGGCAAAUUAUGAAAUUAUAAAGGCAGAUUUGUACAAACAUGGAGCAUAAGGAAAUGGAGAGUGAGAAUAACAACAAAGAACUCGUCAAGGAAGAGCAGUUGAAAAAGGAAGACCAGGCGACGAAGAAGGCUCCCGAAAGUUCAGAGGAAAAUGAAAUGCCACUUGUUAACAGCGUCUCCCUGGGGAAGCACCUCCUCAGCGGGAGUUCCCUGAAGAAGGGCAUCAGCGUGAGCGUUAGAGGAAGGGCAGCGAACGCAGGCGCAAAUGCAAAGCAAGCUGGUUCGGCGUGGAAAAAAAAAGACGAAAAGAAUAAUGAAGAGGCAGGAGAAGAGAAGGAGAAAAAAAUAGACGACGAGUCCUUCCCAGAUUUGCUAGAGUCAACAGAAAAAAUAAAAUCAGAACUAUCGAAAGAUAAAGAUAAGAAAAAAAAACAAUUAAAAGAUUUUAAAAAAGGAGAUGAACACUUUCUAAAUAAUAAUGCCGGAUUGGAAAAAAUGAAAAUUAAUGGUUUCCCGGAAAAAAAAAAAUUUGGAAUGAACAUGUUUGAGGGGCAGAAGAAAAAUGAGAAUAACCAGAAGAAGUGGUUUGAAGGGUCUGCUGAUGUGAGUGGAGGAAACAAUAAUGCUCCGAAUGAAAACAACGAGCAGACGGUUAAGAAUGGGUAUAUCAUGCCCGGGUUUAAGGGGAAGCACAUGAUUGGCUUUAGGUGCUUUUUAAAGCGCGGGUUGCAGAGCCCUGCGCCGCUUCCCCCCACGACGUUGCCACAGGAGGAGAAUUUCUUCUUCGAAAAUGUGGAGCAGAAGGGCGGCAUGCAGAAGAAGAGUGCGAGGAUGGGGCAGCAGGUGGGGCAAACGAUUAACAUGCCGAUGGGCCAACCGCUGGGCCAACCGCUUACCAUGCCGAUGGGUCAGCCGCUCACCAUGUCGAUGGGCCAACCGCUUACCAUGCCGAUGGGUCAGCCGCUUACCAUGCCUAUGGGUCAGCCACUGAGCAUGCCUAUGGGUCAACCGCUUAACAUGCAGAUGGGCCAACCGCUUAACAUGCAGAUGGGCCAACCGCUUAACAUGCAGAUGAAUUUCCCUAUGAAUAAUAUGCCCCCCAAUAUGCAAGGAAAUAGCGGUCAGCAGAGGAACAAUCAGAGCAGCCUCAUGGCCAACUUAGAAGGCGCAUUUGAAAGGGGAGGACUAGCAGCAGGGGGGAUGGACCAAGGAAGUCUCCCAUUCGCGUCCAUGGCCACACACAACAAUCAAAACAAAUUUAAUGAUAACGGAGGAAAUAUGAUGAAGGGAAAUAAUUUUAAUAGGAGCGGAAAAAAUUUUGCUAACAGUAAUAGCAACAUGCAUAAUGCUGAAGAUAUGGUGAAUGCUAAAGUGGCGAAUAAUGCCUCGGGGGGACAAGGGAAUAAUGCAAAUCAUAUGAAGAGAAAUGAAAAGAGAGAGGAUAGGAAUUUUAGGAGAAAGGAUAUAGAUACGGAAAGCAACUGGAGAGUCGCCAGUUCUGCGAAUAGGAACUCUGGGGGUGGAGAGGCGGACAAAAUGAACACGGGGGGGGGUAAUAACAGCGGAAGUGGUAAGAAUGUGAGGGGGCACAACAAUUCCGGCGGUGGUGGAAGCGGCGUGAAUAUGGGAAGCAUGGCUGGAAGCGGGAUGGUCCCGAAUGGAAUGACUCCAAAUGGGAUGGCUCCAAAUGGGAUUAACCCAAACGGGAUGAACCCCAACGGGAUGAACCCCAACGGGAUGACUUCUAACAACGUGAAGGGCAACUUCGGGAACGGCAAAAUGGCCAACAUGAAUUUCCAGGGCGCGGCAAACAUGGCCGGAAAUAACAAAAACAUUUUUAUGAAGAGCAACGAGGAGGCGAAAAACAACAGCGCCUUCAAGGGAAACAAUUUGAAUAGCAAAAAUGAAAUGGGUGGGGAGGGCUUUGGGAAGAUGGCCAACUUUGGAAACGCGAACAACAGCAAUAACCAGAAAUUUGAUUUUAACAAGAAUUCCUUCGGAGGAAACUUUGGUUCGGGCAACAAAGUGAUGCACUCGAUGGAUUUGAGAAAGGCCAGGAUGAGGGAGAUGAGAAAUAUGAAUGAGCAGAAUAGCAAAGUGAACGAGGGGUAGAGGUGGAUGAGGAGGGGAGAGGCGCAGCAGGGGGGUGGCGUCACAGGAGAGAAACACAGAUGGGGGGAACUCAACCAGGGCAGUGACUUGUGGGAGGUGGGGAUUCAUCUACAGGGAGAGACCCCGCAGUGGUGAAGGUUACUCUGAUUUGACACUUUUCUUCUAUUUUUUUUUUUAUUUUUUUAUUUUUUACCUUAUUUUGCAUGGCGUAGAAAGGAGGUUUUCCCCAUCGAUGAGGAUGAGCACUACAGAUGUGCCCACUUUUCGAAUCCCCAGUUUUUUGUUUUUCAAAGAAUUAGAAGUUGCAGGUUUAGGGGUGAACGAGUGGGCGCAAGGAAGUGCACAAAUGGGUUCGAUGUCCAUGUGUUUUUACGCCCAUGUGUGGACAAGCAUGCGUGCCCGUUGCUUUGUGCCGCCUGUAUGACAUAUGCGCUCAGAUUGCUCGGUGCUUUCCCCCCCGCCCCCGGAGGAAACGUGUAGACUUGUGCAGAGUGAAGAGCGCGUAGAGGCAGUAUGCAGCAGGGCGAACAGACCGAAUCGGGCGUAGUGGCUACGCCUACACAGGCGCACAGAUUUAUGAGCCUGCCACUGUUGUGAUCGUCUGCCACCCCCAGCACGAUGUGGCUCCCCCCUCGGGAAGAAGUAUCCAUCUUAACCAUUGCAAAAAAAGGAGAGCAAACAGAGAGAAGCAAAAAGCGAGAAGCAAAAAGGGAGAAGCAAAAAGAAAGCCCCAACGAAUUUAUCCUACUUUUUAAUUACCUAUGCAACCCUACAUGCGAGCACAUGUACAUACGUAAUGGUGCCCCGUUCUGCAAAACACCCACCCACGUAUU